AUGUCCCUCCAAGCGCAAUUGCUCGGCGAGCUGGACUCUCUGUACGCGGUGCUGGGGUCGGCCUAUAUUGGCACAGUCUUCGCGUCCAUUCUGUAUGGCUUUAACACUAUGCAAGCGUUCCUGUAUUUCCGGCACAGCAGCGCGGACUCGAACGUGCUGAGGAGUCUGAUCGCCUUCCUGUUUGUUCUUGAUACAUUACACUUGGCGUUGAUCGUGAACGUAGUUUACACCUACACUAUCAUCGGACUCGCCAGUCCGGAAGUCCUGAUACGGCCCGUCUGGAGCAUCACGGCGCAUUUUAUCGUUUCUAGCCUAAGCGACGCGAUCGUGCGGAGCUUGUAUUGCUGGCGAAUAUGGAUAUUCAGCAACAAGAAUCGUUUCAUGGCCAUUUCUAUCAUAUUGAGCACCGUCGCCGCGUCGGCUAGUGGCUGGGCGUUCUCAGUAUGGGGGUUCCUCACGCAGAACUAUUUCUUCGAGAUCACAACGGUGUCGUACUUUCUUUAUUCGGGCCUCGGCGCGAGCGUCGUGGCGGACGCCCUCAUUGCCGCGUGCAUGUGCUACCUUCUCGCCCGGAGCCGCACCGGGUUUGCCAACCUCGAUUCCGUGAUCCAUGUGCUGAUGCUGUACAGCAUCAAUACGGGGCUGCUGACAAGUCUGGGUGCGGUCGCCGCCCUGUUAUUGUACGUCCUGUACCCGACCGCCGACUUGCACAAGCUCACGUUCAUCGGGAUCUACUUUGUGCUCCCCAAGCGUAAGCCCCCCCCGUUCACUAUCGACUGCGCGGCGCGUGACGGUCUGGCGUGGCAUACAGUGCUGCUGACGUCGCUGCUGGCGAGCCUCAACGCGCGCUCGUAUCUCAAAGAGAGGGCACAGCCGAGCGUGCUGUUCACGACGAUGCCUGCGCUCUCGACGCGGUCGAAGCUCACGCGGUCAAGCCGUGGCUGGUGGAGCCAAACCACGCGCGGGUCCAUGCCGGCCCCUGCGCGGCCGUUUGCGAGCCCGUUGGCCAGCACCGCGCCGGUGGGACCCAUUACGAUGACGAUAAACCAGCUAAUGGAGGAGGAGGAGCUGCGCGCGCCAAAGUCGUAG